UCGGUGCGGGGGUAUCCCGGUUAUCGGGGCUGCGCGGGGGGUUGGCUCCGGUCGGUGCGGAGCUGCGGGGUCCCGGGGCGGAGGUACCCCCCGACUCACCCCUCCAUGGGGUCCCUGACGUGCUCCCAGUUCCAGGGACCACGUCAUCCCACAGCCCCUCCAUGCCCAGCCCCAGAGGGACCCUGGGGACACAUCCAGGGCAGGGACAGGGGGUUAACAUCCCACUCGGUGCCCGCCCUGACCCAGUUUAGGAUGGCGGGGCAGGCUCCUGUGCCCUCGUCCUGCGACUGCUUCGUGGCCCUGCCACCGCACACGGCGUCCCCCGCCGUCAUCUUCGGCAAGAACGCCGACCGUCCCCGCCACGAGGUCCAGGAGAUCGUCUAUGUCCCCGCUGCCACCCACCGUCCCGGGGACAAAGUUCAGUGCACGUACCUGGAGAUCGAGCAGGCGGAGCGGACGCACGCGGUGGUGCUGAGCCGCCCCGCCUGGCUCUGGGGUGCCGAGAUGGGCGCCAACGACUGCGGCGUCUGCGUGGGCAACGAGGGCGUGUGGACCCGCGAGCCCCUGGGCGAGGCCGAGGCGCUGCUGGGCAUGGACCUCGUGAGGCUGGGUUUGGAGCGGGGCGGCUCAGCCCGGGAGGCCUUGGAGGUGAUCACGGCGCUGCUGGAGCGCUACGGCCAAGGCGGGAGCUGCAAGGAGGAGCCGGUGCCCUUCGUGUACCACAACACCUUCCUGCUGGCCGACCGCACCGAGGCCUGGGUCCUGGAGACGGCCGGGCGCUACUGGGCAGCCCAGCGGAUCCGCGAGGGCAGCCGCAACAUCUCCAACCAGCUGAGCAUCGGCAGCGACAUCGCGGCGGAGCACCCGGGGCUGCGGGAGCGGGCGCGGAGCCGGGGCUGGUGGAGCGGGGACGGCGAGUUCGUCUUUGCCGAGGUUUUCUCCCUGGAGAAGCAGCCCCCGCGCAUGGAGGCGGCCAAGGCGCGGUUCCAGGCCGGGAAGGAGCUGCUGCGGCAGCACGCAGGGCACAUCACGGCGGAGACGUUGAUGUCCAUCCUGCGGGACAAGGAGAGCGGCAUCUGCGUGGACACGGAGGCGUUCCGCACGGCCGGCAGCAUGGUGUCCGUGCUGCCCCGCGACCCGGCCCUGCCCUGCGUCCACUUCUUCACCGCCACCCCUGACCCCUCCAGGUCUGUCUUCAAGCCCUUCGUGUUCGUGGCCGGCAUCAAGCCGGUGCCGCAGGUGAGAUCGCCGACCUUCCUGCAGGAUCCCGCCAAGCAGAUCCCGAGAUUCCAGAGCUCCGUGGAUCGGCGGCACGAGCUCUACCGCCGGCAUCAGGCGGCGCUGGAGCUCAUGGAGCAGGACCAGGAGCGGGGCCAGAAGCUCCUGGAGACGCUGCAGGAGCUGGAGAAACAGGGCCUGGAGGGGAUGAAGGAGCUGCUGGAGGGCACCGUGACCCCCUGCCCGGAGGAACUGGCCGACCUCUUCUUCGACUGCGUGGAGGCGGAGAUGAAGUUUUACACAUAAACCCCCCCCAGGUGGGUGGGCUCGGCUUCCCCCACGGCAUUUUUCAUGGAUUGGGAAUGACAAAACCUUCCCAGAGUCUGACCCGGACUCUUCCUGACUCCCCUCCUGUGGGUCUCAGCCCCCAAUUUACCCUGGAGGAAGCACUGAGAGGUGGCCACGGCCUGGAACGAGGUGCGAGGGGAAGGACAGGGAUGUGGAACGGGAUUGGCACUCCUGCCCACAGCCCCGUGUGUGUUUUCCCCCAGUUUCCAGCCCCUGGGGAUGGCUGCAGGGUGGGAGAAUCCAGCUGGAUUGGGGUGGGAACAAAGACUUUAUUCCCAGCUGCGCGGCGCCACGCUGCUGCUAGGGGAUAUUUGGGAUAGCUGCUCCUUUGGCACGAGUCUCCUUCUCCAGAGCGUUGGCUGGGAGCUGGAUGCCACCAGGAGCUCGCUGGGACCCUCUGGAUG